AUGACUUCCCAAACCCCUAAAGUAGUAUACGGAGCUUAUCCACUUGCGACUCUGUCGCAGGAGGACAGAGACGCUGUCUACAAGAUUUUGGACAAGCACAAUAUUGCAGAACUCGACACUGCAAGAAUCUACCCAGGUAGUGAGGAAGCGCUUGGUAAGCAAGAUGCUGGUAAAAAAUACAAGAUUGACACGAAAGCGGCUGGUUUUUCCGAGAACUCGAACAAUGAUGCAGGCAUUAGAAAAUCCAUCAAGGAAUCUUUGGAAUUAUUGAAACUCGACAAAGUGUAUAUUUACUAUUUGCACAGCCCAGACCCAUCGACUCCUCUAGAGGAGACGUUGGCCACUAUCAAUGAGCUUUACAAAGCUGGGAAGUUCGAAAAAUUCGGUAUCUCCAACUACACCGCCAGCGACGUGCGUAAGAUUUACGAAAUCGCCAAGAAAAAUGGGUACCCACUCCCAUCUGUGUACCAAGGUAACUACAAUGCGUUUGCGAGAAAAAUCGAGGACGACUUGUUCCCCGUGUUGAGAGAACUCAAUAUUACGUUUUACGCUUAUUCGCCAAUCGCGGGUGGUUUCCUUGCGCGCUCACGUCAGCAGAUUGAAGAAGCAGCGGAAGGUGGACGUUUUGACCCUUCGAGUUUUAUUGGCCAAAUGUACCGUCAACUGUACGCGAAACCUUCUUUGUUGAAAGCGCUAGAAGAAUGGGAACAAAUUGCCGAAUCUGAAGGUAUCUCUAAAGUUUCCUUGGCUUACAGAUGGGUCGCAUACCACUCCGAGCUUUCAGGCAAAUACGGUGACGCUUUCAUCUUGGGUGCAAGAACUCCUCAACAACUCGAACAAACUUUAGAAGCACUUGCCGAAGGUCCAUUAAGUGCUGAGGCAGCCAAGAAAGUCCGAAGUCUAUGGGAAUUGAUCAAAGACGAAGCUCCAAUCGACAAUUACGUCGUUUCCGCCGAACUUAAGAAAUAA